CGCCGUCGCCGGUUCGGCCAGUCUACUGGAAGAUUCCAUUGUGAGAGUGGGCUUUCGAAAAGUUUCGCGAAACUGCCGGCGAGUUUUCGCGGACAGCCAUCGUCGGCGCAACGUCGUCGGACAAAAACCAGGUACUUCGCGGAAUACUAGAUCGAAAGGGCUCGUGUGGAGUAGAUCACGCGCGCGAAUUUUCGUACACGCGCGCGCGCACACACGCGGAAAAUUCGGUGAAAAACCGGUAACGAUGUAAAAAAAAAAAAAAAAAGAAAAAAACAACGCGAGUCGAGAUCGGUGAUUGCGCUGGUUAACGUUGACACGCGAGAUAGAGAGAAAGUCGUGUGAUAGAAACCGCGGGAAAGAUAAAGAGAAACGAGAGAAAAAUAGCCGAGGGGAAAAAGAAGAAGAAAGAAGAGGAAAGGGCGACGGUGAUCGAUCGGAUCCGACGCCGGCAAUAGUUCGCGGAUUCUCUUCGCGACGAAAGAAGAUCGGGAAAGAAGCGACGAAGGUGUCGUCGUCUUCCCGCGAAGAAGGGGAAUUGGAAAGAAGAAAAAUAGAGAUAUUCCCUCGGUCCAUCGCGCACUGUUUAUCCUGGGAAUCGAGCCGAGCGCGCGAGCGUCUCGAUACUCCGUGCGAUUGCUCCGUGGAGAGAGAGCGAGAGAGAGAGAGAGAGAGAGAGACGAAGAAAACACGGGAGGAAGGAUCCUGGGUAGGAUCGGACGGAAGGAAAACAACGUGCGCGGCGAUACAGGAAGUAGGAUAUGUACCGAGAGCCGAACAAUUCGUCGGGCAGCGGCGCCUCCACCAAGGGCGACGAAGUCGAGCUCGUCAGUAGAUUCCUGGCGCCGCUCUGCGCCAGGGACGAGGCGGCCAGGAACAUCGCCCUGGCUGCGGCCAGAAACACCGUCGAGGGAUGGCUGGGCGGCGUCGGUAGUCCAAGUCACUGGGAGGACAACGCCGACGUCGAGGAUAUCAAGACCGGGAAACUCUCCAGUCAAGACGGAAGAUACGACAUGAGCGUGGAACGAUCGCCGACGAGGUCGUCGCCGAGGAACGUUAAUCAGCACCAGCUGAUACAGGACACGUUCCGAACGGAAGGCUUCUUCCCGCAGAGCGUCAACGACAACAGUUCGGCGCUGUUUCUAGAUGAGAACAAUUCCGAGUGCUCGUUCGACUGCGUGGACGGUCGGCUCCUGAACGAGAGGCGAUUCCGCGAACGUUACGUCAGCAGCGACGGCGUCGAGAGCUGCAGGUCCGGCCACUCGACGUCUUCGGAUGAGGGCAGUAAGAGGACGACGGAGGGUAGGUGCCCGCGCUUCGGCUCGAGCUGCGACAGCGAGCGGAAGUAUCAUCCCGGCUCGUCCUCGAGCGACAGGUCGACCAGCGACGAGUACUGCGCCGGCAGGACGAAGAACAAUUACGUGAAGGUGAAAGGCGCCAAGCAGAAACAGUUGGAGGAUGACGAGAUCGACGCGGACACCCGUGUGUACGGUAAAAGUCCAAAGUUCGACGACAACUUGAGCGGUCUCGCGUCCUACGACUGCCGAAAUCUGAAUCGCCGAGCCAAGAUCGCCGGCGGCGACCUGCUGACGCACGAGCAACGCCGAUAUUACGACGGCGCCGCCGACGACGACGUGUCCUUCAACGAGAGCGAAGCUGCGCGUAGCGACGGGGUUGUCUUCAACACUCUUGACGGCUUCGAGAACGAGAACGAAACGUCUCCCUAUGGCCAGGACAUGAAUUUGGAGAGUCGCGAGUCUACGGCGGUCUACGAGGACGCGUCGGAAGACGGUCGUCGGACGCAGCAGGAUUAUCUGCGCAAGAACGACGAAAGAAAGUUCAGCGCCGGUCAGAUCAAAAGGCCGCUCUCUCAAGACGAGGACGUGUCUGCGAAAAGCGGCAGAGUACUCGAAAGUCCGGAAGUCACGCCCGGCGACGUCGGCAGGAUGUUGAAUCUGGGCAACGCGCUGGACGGACCGAGACAGGCGCAGGCCAACAAGUAUCUCAGCCUGGUGACGUUGCAUCUGCCGGUUAUUCUCAGGCUCAGCGUCAACUGUCCUUUCCAGAACGUGAGGAUCAAGUGCGCGGAGAUUCUCCAGAUGGUCAAGGAUAGAGGACUUCCAGUACCAGUACCGGCUUUCGACGGACCUAGUGCCUUCGUCCCUCUCUCGGAGCUGCCGGAUCUGAACAACCUCGACGAGAAGACUCAUAUGCUGUUGAUGGAUGCUUUCCUACAAAACAACAGGUUGGAUCAUGUUUCGAGAGUGAUGGCCUCGCAUCCGAAGUAUCUGGAGCACUUCCUCCGGACUCAGCAGUUCAUCCUCAGGGGUGACGGACCGCUUCCUUACGAUUAUAGACAUCUCAUUGCCAUUAUGGCCGCGGGUAGGCACCAAUGUAGCUACCUAAUAAACCUGCAAAAGGGAGAAUUCCUUUAUCAGGGUGGUGACCCCUUGUGGCUUCAAGGCCUGAGAUCGAUCCCCGGGAAGCUGCAAGAUCUCUAUGAGAUCAACAAGAUCCUGGCCCAUAGACCGUGGCUUUUGAAUAAAUCGCACAUAGAGAAAUUGACUAAAGGCGACGACAACUGGUCCCUGGCCGAGGUCGUCCACGCGAUAGUUCUGUUAGCUCACUUCCACUCACUUUCGUCUUUCGUGUUUUCCUGCGGAAUUAACGAGGAACUGGACAACGUGACCGGGCACCACUACAAAGAGAACAUUCAGGAUAAUAGUAGUAACGUACCACCUGCCAAAGACAAACUCUCCACCAGUCCCAAGAAGAUUCCCAACGGUGAGGGAAAGACUGAAAACGUACCGUCGCCGCCACCGUCGCCGAGCAUAGUCGGCGAGCAAGAAGUCGGAGUUGAGACUCUGAUGGAACGUAUGAAGCGUCUCUCGGAGAAAUCCGAGUCGAAUCAGAUCACGCAGGAGGAACUGUCCAAGAGAUUCGAGACCGUCGAGACGCAGUCGGCCGAGCUGGCAGCGGCGCCGCAGAGGAGUAGUUCGGUCCUCGAUUCGGACAUCGGUCUGUUCAUCGAGGAUCCCACCUUCAUCUAUCAGGAUUUCGCCAAGCGCGGUCAGUUAAAUGAUAUACCAACUUUCCGCGUCCAGGACUACUCUUGGGACGUUCACGGUUAUUCGCUGGCGAAUCGUCUGUACAACGACGUUGGCAAUCUCCUCGACGAGAAGUUCAAGACCGCAUACAACUUGACGUACUACACCAUGGGUACGCACAACAAGGUCGACACGUCGCGCUUCAGACGUGCCAUAUGGAACUACAUACAGUGCAUGUUUGGCAUUAGACACGACGAUUACGAUUACAACGAGGUGAAUCAAUUGCUCGAGCGCAGCCUCAAGACCUUCAUCAAGAGCGCCGUCUGUUAUCCGGAGCGCGUCACCAAAAAGGAUUACGAUCGCGUUAUGAGGGAGUUCAAACACAGCGAAAAGGUCCACGUGAACCUGAUGAUUCUAGAGGCUCGCAUGCAAGCGGAACUGUUGUAUGCCCUUCGUGCCGUGAUGCGGUACAUGACCUAAAGCGGGAGUUUAACGUCGUCUCCUCGUCUGUCUGCUGUCAGUCUGUAGUUUGUCGAUUUGUUUUCUCGCGCCACGUUCCGUGCCACGGAAUUCUCGCGGGCACGGAAAGAAAGGAAACACGAUAGCCUUGAGUCUCAUACGGAACAUCACACAUAUUACAUAUAUGUAUAUAUAUACAUAUAUAUAUGUAUAUAUAUAUAUAUAUAUAUAUGUAUAUACAUAUGUACGCGCCGUCGUAAGAUCGAUUUUUUCAUUGUGAACUUACGAAUCGCGGCGAUAGAGAACAAUCGCAAUGUUUUUUUCAACGGGAAACCGCGAGAGAGGAAGAAGAAGAAGAAGAAGAAGGAGGAGAAUUGAAGAGGAGAAGAAGAUGAUGAGAAAAGAUUUAUCCACGAAAAGACGAGGGAUCGCAAUGCUUGGAUCGUUUUAACUGCGCUCUCGACACGAUUCUUCAUUGGCGUUUCAAUUGACGAACUAUAUAAAACACGUCUUUGUUCAUCAAACUUUACUCACGAACACGCCGGUUGUCGCGCGUUUGUCCCACUCGCGCAAUAUGGAUUACAGUCCGUAACGAUGGGGUGAUUGAGUGCUUCUUUGUAUGUGUUCAAGAGAAGAGAAAAAGAAAGAGAAGAAGAAGAAAAAGAAGAAGAAGAAGAAGAAGAAGAAGAAGAAGAAGAAGGAGAAAAGAAGAAGAAAGUUGAACAAAUAGGCAGUAAGACGGGGAUUUGAUGAAGGAAGAGAGAGAUUUAUAAUUUGUUUUGUACAUAGACACUUGUAUUUUUCUACGUUCGACAUCGUAGCAGACUGUUAUUUGUGCGUUUCGUUUACGUUUCAGAUCUGUUAAAACAAAAAUAAAGUUGCUCUCGCCUGUUAGAAGCUUUCGCGCCGCGCUUGUAACUUCACACGUUACAUUACACACACACACACACACACACACAUAUACUCACCCGUUUUAAUUGCGUUUGCGUUACGCAAUCGUUUCGCAUCGCAUUUGCGUGUCCCAUGUCAGGGCAGACCGUAAAAUCGUAGCACCCCGCGCGAUGUAUAUGGUAUUUCGUUUCUUCUUUAUUUUAUUUUUCUUUUUUUUUUUUUGUUGUAACACACCUGUGUCGAGAAGUGGAAAAAUUAAUCGUAAGAUUUUUCUUUUUAAGAAACCUCCGUUUUUAUUAAACGCUGAAUUCGCUCGUUUUGUCGCGAUUCUUAUUCAGACUCGCUCGUGAAUAAACUUUCUCGUUACGCGCGCGCGCGCACACCGUCGAAGUUAUCCACGUGUGUGUUAUCCAAAAAACGGUCGAAUCGCUCGAGGACAACACACACGCGCGCGCACACACAUACACACACACACACAGCGCGUCGAACCGCGCGAACGGGUUGAGAAAAUUGUCUUUCGCGCUGUACAUACAUAUAUGUAUACAUGUAUAUAUACAAAGCAUAUAUAUAGAUAUGUACAUGUAUAUAUAUGUAUAUGUACACACAUAUAUAUACAUAUAUAUAUAUAUAUAUAUAUAUAUACACACACACACGUACAUGUAUCAUGUUUGAACGUUGUUUCAUUUCGAUGAAUUCUAUCUCGCGAAAACGUGGAAAGCUAUAUAUAUAAACAUGAAAGAAAAAAAAAAAAAAGAAUUGUACCUAUUUAUCAUUCAUCAUACGCGUGUGUCGAAGUAAACCUUAGAUUGUAGGACGAUCCGCGGUCGUGUGCGUGCGCGUACAGCGCGCUUUGAGCCCCGCAAGGCGGCGUGGCACGCAAGCAACCGCGGAGAGAAGCAAUGCCUAUUGGCUGUGUUUAUUUACCGAUGAAAUAACGCCGCUGUUGUUUAGCUGUGAACCCGGAGAAAGAGAGAUAGAGAGAGAGAGAUAGACAGCGUCGCGAGAAAAAGAAAAUUUCCUCUUUAACCCCUCCCCGCCCAUCUGGAGGAACUUUCUCCGUCUUCGAGAUCGAGGAUAAACAAACACCGAGAAAAUACACAGAUCGGAUUCUAGUAUACCGUUUUACAGUUUGUCGAUGAUGAUGGGAGGAGGGUUAAAGUCGACGCAGAAAGAUGAAGAGAGCGAUCGCGUAUCGCGGAGGAAGUUUAUUGUAAAGCUCGUAAAAAAAAA